AUGUCUGAAACUUAUACCACUGCCGCCGUAGCUGCCUCCUCUGUCCAUCUCCACAUUUCCAGUAUUGUUAUCCAGGUCGACGAUGCUUCGAAAAAGAUAGUCGAAUUUGUCGAGUUGGAGCUUGGUUCACAGCGACGGGAAGUCCUCCGCGGCUCGGGCAAAGACAAAGAACUUAGUGCAAAGUUCGAUCACGCCAUUGCGGUGACCACUGAGCCAGCUUCGUUGUUGGUACACUGUCAACACCAUUCUAUGGGCGUACUUCCGUGGAAGAGUAUCGUGAAGUUUCCAUUGGACAGACAAGACAUUUUGUCCGAUAUAGUGGAUCAAGAUGGUAAACGAGUGCACGAGAUGACUAGAAAGAAGAUGAAGAUGACUGUCGUCAUUACAAUAUCCGAUAGUGUCCAUACCAGACAGCUGCAGCCGACUAGCAGUGAUGUUCUAGAGAUUUGUCCAAGGUUCCGACUACUGGUAAUAGGGAAGACUGGGGUUGGCAAGUCAUCGUUGAUCCACCAGGCAUUUAAGAUAGACGAAGUGCAUGUCUCUGGACAUUCGCGAGGCGUAGCUGAUAUCAAUCGGGAGUUCGUCGCGCCCCAAAACGGGCGGUUUGUCCUCCACGAUAGUGAGGGAUUCGAAGCUGGCGACAGCGCCAGUUUUGCGGCUGCAAAAGAGUUUAUCGACUGCCGACGCAAAAUGCCCGCUCUGAAGGACAAAAUCCACGCGGUUUGGCUCUGCCUCUCGAUACCUCAUGCGGAUGGACGGUUGUUUGAGAACGGAGUCAAGGAGUUUCUAGAAUCGAGGAAGGCAAUUCUGGGCAAUAUUCCGAUCAUUGUUGUCUUCACCAAGCACGAUAUUUUUCUCGACGCACUGGAGCUCGAAGCCAUGGAUUUGGAAGGAUGUGAUGAAGCCGCGCUCGAACAGUUCAAAAGAGACUUUUUGAAUAAUCUGUGUAUCAAGCCGCUCAUGGAUGUGGCUGGAAGUGAUAUCCUGCAUGCAACUGUUUCCACAACGGAUGGGUACGAAAAUACUGUACGAGAGCUGAUUGAUCUCACAACUACAAACGUGGAAAAAUUCGUCGCCUCAGAAGCGGCAUUGGCUAUGAUGAUAGCCCAACGAGUAGACAUUGGUCUUAAAGUUAAGGCAUCAAUCGCCAUCGGUAGGAAAAGAUAUUGGAGAGGUCUCGGCUCGAGUAUGAACUUCGCAGGCUUCACCAUGAAGGACUGUUUGUCUGUGAUCCACAAGGACGUCAUUGCCGUAUGGAACUUCAAUGACCCUCACUGCCACUUGGCCAGUGGCAAGUUCCAAGAGCUGAUUCUACAAGAUCUAGACAGGGACGACUUUCCGAACACAGCGGGAUCUUUUACAUUUGGCCUCACCGUGGUCGGGGCAAUAAUAGGUAUCAUGACGCCACUGGCAGCUCCGUUUCUACCGAUCGUUGCACCCAUUGCCGCAGGGAUGGUCAUGGCUAAAUGGGUCUAUGACAUCUAUCAACAGACAAACAUGACCUUACGGCGGAUUAUGGCGUACAUCGUGGAUUUAACAUGUAUCAUGCAGAUUGCGUUCCUGCUGGCGCCGACAGGGCCCAUCUCUCGUCGCGUCAUCAAAAUUGCUAUCAAAGCCUAUGAUGAGGCAGGGGAAAAGCAGUACGAUGCACUGGAUGAGAUUGUCAGAUUGAUUGAGCGCCACUCCAUCAAGGCUGAAGAAGUCCAGGACCUGAGAACGAAGAUUGGGCCGCGCAUGGUGGGGUUGCAACUGGAUGAAGAGUGGUAG